AUGCCGCUCGAACUCCAGGAAGUCAACGCGGAGACCGACUUCCCGGCCCUCGCCCGCAGCAUGUUCGAGUCAUACGAAGACCCGCCGCAGAAGUUCUUCCACGCCCGCGAGGACGCCAUCCAGGAGGCCGCGGAUCGCCUGAAGCUCUGGCACACGCACGACCCAUCAAGCUACUGGCAGAAGAUUGUCGACACCGAGAAGGAUGGCAAGAUCGCCGGUGGCGCGCUAUGGAAUAUCCACAAGGAGAACCCGUUUGCCAACCCGAGCCAUCCGAAGAUGACGUGGUUCCCGGACGACAGCUCGCGCGAGUGGGUUGGACAGGCGCUGGCGAACCAUUCUGUGCCUCGGGCUCGCGUCGCCCAGAGACCUCAUGUGUACCUCUUCAUCAUCUUUACGCAUCCCGAUUACCGACGCAGAGGCGUUGGCCAGCAAUUCAUGGACUGGGGCAUCAAGGAAGCCGACAAGCUUGGAUCCGAGUUCUUCCUCGACUCCACGCCGUACGGCAGGCCACUCUACGAGGCGAACGGGUUCGUUUACGUCGAAGAGAACGUCAAUGUCCCGCACAGGGAGGAUCCGGAUGAGACAUGGAAGAAGCUGGCGGACAAGGUCGGCCCCUUCACCUUCUGGUGGGAACUAUGA